AUGUCUUGCCCGUCGAGCCCUGGAAGCGGAGCCACUAAUUUUACUUCCUCCUCGGCUGUCCUGCCACCAACGGGAAGCAAAGGCCGUGCCAGUUCUCCCUGCCCUAGUAAAACAAGUAGCUCCGGGUUUAAGGGGGCUGGUUGUUUUAGUAGCCGCAGCCUCUCCUGCUACAACUCCAAAGGGUCUAAGGCCACACUUGGUAGCUGCCGUGCAGCUAGAUACGGAUAUGGCUCUCGGGGGGGCGGUUCUGGAUUUGGCUACUCGGGCACUGGAUACAGUUAUGGUUCACACGGUUCUUACGGAUUUCGGCGUACUGGGGCCAGUGUCGCCGGCACCCCCUUCAUCACUCCAGUCACCUGCAACGAGAAUCUACUGCAACCUCUCAAUCUCGAACUCAACUCUUCAGCCCAAGCGGUGAAAUGCCAGGAGAAGAACCAGCUCCAGUGCCUGAACAGCAAGUUUGCCUGUUUCAUCGAUAAGGUCCGAUUCCUUGAGCAGCACAACCUGAUGCUGAAGACCAAGUGGGACUUCUUGAAAGAAAAGAAACGGCAAAAAAGUAACAUGGAGCCCUUCUUUAAUGAGCAUGUCAGUAGGCUGAAGAAGGAACUGGAGUGCCUACAAUGGGAAAGGUCCCAGCUGCAAGUUGAGAUGAACAAUUGGCGAGAAGCCAUGGAAGGGAACAAGAAAAGGUUUGAAGAGGAAUGCAACAGAAGAAGCUGUGCUGAAAAUGAAUACGUGGCACUUAAAAAGAAAGUGGAUUGCGUUUUUAUGGACAAGUCACAGAAAGAAGCCAAGGUGGAGGCCCUGAUGCGAGACAUCUGCUUUUACCGAGAUGCUUUUGAGGAGGAAAUUCGUGAGCUACAGUCGUGCAUCUCAGACACGUGUGUCACAGUGAAAAUGGAUAACAGCCGAGCCCUGGAUGUGGCAUGCAUUGUCGAAGAAUUCCGGGCUCGGUAUGAGGACAUUGCCUCCCGGAGCCGAGCUGAGGUGGAGGCUUGGUGUCAGUGCCAGUAUCAAGAGCUGAGGACAACUGCUGCUAAACAUUGUGACAAUCUACGCAAUGUCAAGGAUGAACUUAGUGAAUUGACACGGGUUGUUCACCGAAUGGAAUCAGAAAUCGCAAAUGUCAAAGCCCAGCGUUGCAAACUGGAAGAGGAGGUAGCUGGAGCCGAGGAGCGUGGGGAGAUGGCAGUGAAAGAUGCCAAAUGCAAGCUGGCUGAUCUGGAGGAUGCCCUGCACAAGGCCAAGCAGGACAUGGCCUGCCAACUCCGGGAAUACCAGGAACUGAUGAACCUCAAGCUGGCCCUGGAUAUCGAGAUUGCCACCUACAGGAAGUUGCUGGAAGGAGAGGAAUGCAGGAUGGGCGAAGGAGAAUGUGCUGUGAAUAUCUGUGUGCAGAGGAGUCAGGGCGCAGUCGUGUGCAACGCUGACUCCAUCUGCAGGCCAGGAAGAGGAGGAGGCAUUCUGGCCAAUGGGAAUGACCUGAUGUACAUUGCCUACGAGCCAGGUUCUUAA